AUGUCGGAGGACACAGAAUCAGAAGGUGGUGACCAUACCCAGCUGGUUGACGUGCCUGACUCCAGAGCUGUGCUCUCCCACCAACACCGACUGCUCAGCACCCGGCCCUGUGCUCUGAGCCAGGACUUGCCACCAGAGCCGGUGCUGGGUCCGAGGGCUCCGUCCAAGCAGCAACAUUAUCAAGGUGGUGCUUUUGGGAACAUCCAGGAAGCAAGGACUUGUUCAAAUUUUGAAUGGAUUAAGUCAUAUACAUGUGUAAUGGAGCCCUCACUUUCCUGUGUAUCUGGAUUCUUUCUCCUCUUACAGAUGGUGCUCACCUCGGAGCAGUUCACUGUGCAUAGCUCCAGGAGCCACCAGGUGGUCCUGGCAGGCCAGCACACGGAGCUCAGCUGCCAGCUCUCCCCACCGCAGAGUGCGGAACACAUGGAGGUGGGCUGGUAUCGGGAUCACUACCAGCCGAUUUCCAUUUAUAUGAAGGAGAAAAAGCGCUCUGAAAAAAGCACUCAGAACUAUAAAAAUCACACAGUGCUCCUGAAGGACGCCCUGGGAGAGGGCAAGAUGACCCUCCGGAUCCAUAAUGCCAGUGUUAUUGAUGAGGGGAAGUACCACUGUUUCUUUAAAGAUGGUGACAUCUCUGAAGAGGCCAUCAUAGAUCUGAAGGUAGCAGCUCUAGGAUUGACUAUACAGAUUAAUGUUCUUGUUCCUGACACAAAAGGGCUCAUGGUGGAAUGUAACUCAGAAGGGUGGUACCCACAACCCCAGAUGAAUUGGAGAGACAGCAAAGGGAAUGUAAUUCCAGCCUCAUCAAAAAUCUUCUCUGAGGAUCGAGCUGGAUUAUUGCACAUAAAGACAAGUGUUCUGCUAAAAAACAGUACCCAUGGUCCUGUCACUUGCUGCUUUCAUAACACAGUUACUGGUCAAGAGAAAAGGGCAAGUAUUGUCCUACCAGAUAUCCUGUUAACAUCGGAGUAUAUGUCAACAAUGUCAUAUAUAAAGUGGUGGCUCCAGAUAUAUAUACUAUUCGUUAUGGUUAUGCAAUUUCUACUGUGUUUGAGAACAAAAGAUAUACAAAACAAUUGCCACAUUUUUGGGGAAAUGGGGUUGGAGUGUUUACCAUUGCUGAUGCAUGCUAGUAUCUUUCCUAUCUACUGGUAUCUGCGAGAUAAAGCCUCUGUUUUGGAUGUCGAAGCCCCAUUUUAUAGUACUUGGAUGAGUGAUAUGUCUGAGAUCCUGUGUGUACUGAUGACAUUUUUCACGCCACUCAUUUUUGGUCUGCUUUGUACCCUGGAAGAUACUUCACAAGAAUGAACAUCUGACUACUCAUCUGAAACACAGGACACUUUGGAACAAUAGAACCAGUGAUGAAAACUUUGAGGAAAAGGUAUUUUGGACCAAGGACCUGUAUUUUUGUAUAGAGCCAAAUAAUUGCCAGUGUAUGAGAGCAAAAUAAAAAAUUUCA